UACGUUAAAAAUACCCGCUUUGUAUUUCACUUUUCUAACAUCGAUUGCUUGUCAAACAACUCAGGGCUUCCAGAGACGUGGGUUACCGACUGAGUUAACCGCGGCGGGUAGUUUUGUACCCGUCCAAAAUAGGAAAAACGGUGAGGCGUUGAAACCGUGAUGUCUUUAUACAACCGUGAUGAUAAACAAGCUUGGAAAAAUGAGUAGAGUAAUAAACACGAUACCGGGAUCAACGAUGCACAACAUAUCCUUCUCCGAAAGUGAGUUAGGACUUGGUCUAACACUUACCGGCGGUCAGAGUUUUAGGUGGGUCGAGGUUGACGGUGCUCAAACUUUCCGCGGUAUAUUUGCUGGACGAGUUUGGACCUUGAAGCAGAACAAAACUCAUCUCCAGUAUCGUGUACACGGCCCCUUGGAAAGUGACCCAAAAAACAGACAAAUCCUAUCAAGAUAUUUGCGCAAAGAGAUAUCUUUGAAGCACAACGUAAGAAAAUGGUCAGCGGUUGAUCCGCACUUCAAAAAGGCCUGGGAAACAGUGAAAGGUGUGCGGAUACUGAAUCAAGAUAUUGUGGAGAAUUUAUUUGCCUUCAUUUGCAGCUCAAAUAAUAACAUCAUAAGAAUAUCCGGCAUGGUUGACAAACUCUGCAGAUUCUUUGGCAAGAAAUUAUGCUGCAUUGAUGACAAGCAGUAUUAUGACUUUCCGACGAUAGAAUCGUUGGCAGAGAAAAACGUGGAAAUGAUCCUAAAGGAAGCUGGGUUUGGCUAUCGUGCUGGCUAUAUAGCCAAUACCGCUAAGAGGCUAAUAGAAUUGGGUGGCGAAACGUGGUUGAAACAGUUGCAUAAAGACACUGAUCAAUCUUACCCUAUUGCGAGGGAAAAGUUGAUUACACUUCCAGGAAUUGGUCCUAAAGUGGCUGAUUGUAUAUGCCUCAUGUCACUAGGUUAUCUGGAAGCAAUUCCAGUAGACACGCAUAUUUUUCAAGUAGCUCGAGCACGCUAUAUGCCGCAGUUAGAAACUCAAAAGACUGUUACUCCAAAAAUACACAACGAAGUCAGCACAUUCUUGCGCAAUCUUUGGGGCCCGCUUGCCGGUUGGGCCCAGGCUGUUGUAUUCUGCGCAAAAUUAAAUAAUAACGAUUUAGCUCUAAGUAAAAAGAAACGUGGUUCAGGCAACAAGGCUGUAAAUGGGAAGAUGGUUAAAAAAUUGAAGAGUGAAGUUAGGUCAAAAGAAUAGGUGAAUGAAAUCACGAGCAAUUUAGCACAUCAAAGUUUAUCAUUUAAUGUGUAAUGUUUGUAAAAAAAAAAGAAUGAAAUGUUGAAGGAGUAUUUUAAUUUUUUAA